UUGCCGCCGUGAAUGUAGGAUGUGAGUGAUGUGCUAAUAUUUAGAUAUGUCUGCACCUAUUUUAAAAUGGAAGAGGAUUGGGAAUGCAAGUGGACCAUGUCCCAGACCAAGACAUGGGCACAGAGCAGUUGCCAUCAAGGACCUGAUGGUUGUUUUUGGUGGUGGAAACGAAGGCAUCGUUGAUGAACUCCAUGUUUACAACACGGCCACAAACCAAUGGUUUGUUCCACCUGUCAAGGGAGACAUCCCUCCUGGAUGUGCUGCCUAUGGCUUUGUGGUCGACGGCACUCGCAUCCUUGUCUUUGGUGGCAUGGUUGAGUAUGGAAAGUACUCAAAUGAAAUCUAUGAACUCCAGGCGAGUCGAUGGGAAUGGAAACGGAUCCGCGCCCGCCCGCCGCGCAACGGUCCGCCGCCGUGCCCGCGGCUCGGGCACAGCUUCACACUGAUCGGCAACAAGGCGUACCUGUUCGGUGGCCUGGCCAACGAGAGCGACGACCCCAAGAACAACAUCCCGCGCUACCUGAACGACCUGUACACGCUGGAGCUGCGUCCGGGCGGCAACGCGCUCGGCUGGGACAUCCCGCAGACCUACGGCCAGCCGCCGCCGCCGCGCGAGUCGCACACCGGCAUCGCCUACACGAACGCGCAGCGAGACUCCUCGCAGCUCAUCAUCUACGGAGGUAUGAGCGGCUGCCGCCUGGGGGACCUGUGGAUGCUGGACGUGGACUCGAUGAUGUGGACGCGGCCGCAGGUGGGCGGCACGCCGCCGCUGCCGCGCUCACUUCACACCACGCAGCUGAUCGGACAGCGCAUGUUCGUGUUCGGCGGCUGGGUGCCGCUCGUUAUCGAUACGGACGUCAAGGUGGCCACACAUGAGAAGGAGUGGAAGUGCACAAACACGCUGGCAUCGCUCAACCUCGAGUCGAUGGAGUGGGAGCCGCUAGCCAUGGAGGCGUUCGAGGACGCCAUUCCGCGCGCGCGCGCCGGCCACUGCGCCGUCACCAUCCACUCGCGGAUGUACAUCUGGUCCGGACGCGACGGAUACAGAAAGGCCUGGAACAAUCAGGUGUGCUGUAAGGACCUGUGGUACUUGGAGACGGAGAAGCCGCCGUCGCCGGGCCGCGUGCAGCUGGUGCGCGCCUCCACACUGUCACUGGAGGUGUGUUGGAGCCAGCUGCCCACCGCCGACUGCUACCUUCUCCAGAUUCAGAAGUACGAGAUGCCGCCGCAGCCGGCCAGCCAGCCCAGUCCGGGCGCCGCCGCCCAGCCGGCCGGGGCGGGGGCGGGGGCGGCUCCCAGCCCGCCCACGCCGAGCGCGGCGCCCGUCCGCCCGUCCAUCACGGCCACAGCGGGCAUCCCGAGCCCGUACAGCCCGGCCAAACUGGGCACCGGACUGCGGAAGGUGCUCACCAAACCGGAGCCCAAGUCGCCCGGAGUGCGACUGUCUACGGCGGCGGUAGCGGGCGGCGGGAACGCCAUCAGCUCGGUGCUGAAGUCGCCCGGCCAGCCGAAACAGAUCAUCCUGCAGAAGCCGGGCGCCGGCGGCCAGCCACAGAUCGUCACACUGGUGAAGACCAGUCAGGGGAUGCAGGUGGCCACGGUGCCCAAGGUGAACCUGCUGCAGGGCAAACCGUCCGCUCAGAUGACCGCCGUGUCGGCCGGCAAGUCGCUGCCGCAGGGCGCCACCAUUGUCAAACUGGUGGCCACACAGGCCGCAGGCGCCAACCGCUCGAUCGGAUCGAACGUCAUCACCAUCGCCAAGCCUCAGACGGUGUCGACGCCGGCCGGCGGCAAGCAGACGAUCGUCAUCACGCGUCCGCCGCGCGCGGCCACCCAGCAGGUCACCAUGGUGUCCUCCGCAGCGGCUCCGGCCGGCGGCGCGGCGGUCGUCCCGUCCGCGGCUGCCGGCAGCCCGGCGGCACCGCCACAGACGGCCGGCCAGGCGGGCGUCAAGAUGAUCGUAGUGUCGUCUCCGUCGGGCACCAACACCACGCCGGCCAUCUCCCGCCCGAUCACCAUCUCCGUGCCGGGCCAGUCGGGCCAGGCCACCAAGACGGUCACCAUCGCGGCUAAGUCAAACACGCUGGUGGGUCUGCCGGCGCAGGGUCUGCUGCCGGCCGGGCCGCGGCCUGUCGCCGUGCAGGUAUCCACGGCCGCCGGACAGAAGACGGUGACGUUGAUGGCCGGCUCGGCGGCGGCCACAGCGGCGGGCGGCGGCUCCCCGGCGCAGCAGAAGGUGGUGCUGCUCAACCAGCCGGCCACCACGGACGCAGCGCUGGCAGCGCUGGCCGCGGAGGCCGGUCUGGGUGUCCUCCCGGAGUCAGGCGGUGGAGAGCCAGCCGAGCAGGCCGCGCAGGCCGCGCCGGAGGCGGCGCCGGCCCAGCAGCCGGCGGCCGUGCCGCAGGUGGACGGAGCAGACGACAGCGAGGACGAGACGCCGCCGCCGCCGCAGUCGGACGAGGGCGCGCCGCCGGCGCCGGCCGCCGCUCCGGCCGCCGAGGGGCCGGCUGAGGAGGCGCCGCCGCCGCCGGCAGACGAGGAGCCGCUGGUGGGUCAGCCUGUGGAUCCAGAGACGGAGAAUCCGGGGCCGGCCGGACGCGCCGCCGCCGCCGCCGCUGAGGCAGCUGAGAAGGAUACUAAGACGGACUCCGAGGCAGCUGGAGAUGCAGCUGCGACUGAAACCCUCGCAGAGGGCAGCUCUACUGAACAGAAACCCGCGGAAGACGAUGCCCCGGAGGAGAAGCCCAUGGAGCAGGACAGUGCUGCGGAUGAUAAGCCUGCUGCGGAGAGUGCUCCGGCGGAAAGUGCUCCGGCGGAGAGCGCUGCUGUGGAGAGUGCCGCUACGGAGCCGGCGGCCGCUGAGGGUGCCGCUGCGCAGGAGUCGGCCCCUGUCCAGCCGGCCCCAGCAGCUACUGACGGUACGAAGCCGGCGCCGAGCGACGACGCUCCGGCCGAGAGCGCUCCACCGGCCGGUGAGCCGAUGGACACCGCCCCGGAGGGCGGCACCACCACCGCGGCUCCGCCGGCUCAGCCCAAGGAGGAGCCGUCGGACGCCGACGCAGAGACGGCCGCCGACCCGCUGGCCACGCUGGCGUCGGCGGCCAUCUCGACGGCGGCGGCGGCGGCGGCCGUCAAGUCUGAGCCACGCGCCGAGAACGGCGUCACCAAGAGCGGCGCCGACUCGGAGGAGAAGCGCCGCGACGCGCUGUGGUUCGACGUCGGUAUCAUCAAGGGCACCUCGUGCACGGUCGAGUCGUUCUACCUGCCCGUCGACGAGAACGGCGACGUCCUCUCCGAGAGCGACCAGAACAUGAUGCGCAAGGUGGACCUGCAGCCCGGGCUGGCCUACAAGUUCCGCGUGGCGGGCAUCAACGCCUGCGGCCGCGGCCCGUGGAGCGAGGUGUCGGCCUUCAAGACGUGUCUGCCGGGCUACCCGGGCGCGCCGUCGGCCAUCAAGAUCUCCAAGUCGGCGGACGGAGCGAAUUUAUCGUGGGAGCCGCCUCAGAACCCGGCCGGGGAGAUCACAGAGUACUCUGUGUACCUGGCCGUGCGCAGCGCCACCACACAGGCACAGGGCGACACAAAGACGGUGGCCAGCUCGCCGUCUCAGCUGGCGUUUGUGCGCGUCUACUGCGGCCCCAUCAACCAGUGCACGGUGACGCACAUCUCACUGGCCGCCGCGCACCUCGACACCACCUCCAAACCGGCCAUCAUAUUCCGGAUCGCAGCUAGAAACGAGAAGGGCUACGGCCCGGCCACACAAGUCAGGUGGCUCCAAGACGCACACGCCGGAGGAGUGAAGGCCGUGAAGCGGGUGAUGGACCCGCGCACGCCCGGCCCCGCCGGCAUCAAGCGGCCGCGCACGGACAGCGGUCAGUAGGCCGGCGCGGCCGCCGGCGCCAUCUCACCCUCAGUACAACACGCCUCUCAUUGGGCGCGCGCGACGCCACUCGCCUCAUCGUGCCGCGCGCCGGGCGGCGGUCAGUUUUAGCGCGGGCGGCACGCCGCGGCGGUACCGCUCCGCCCAGCGACUGUACAUAGAUGGCCGGACCGCCGCCGGCGCGGAACGAAAUGAAGUGACUUAUGACGUGAGUGACGUAAUGAGUGAAUGGUUGGGAGAAUGGUGUUCAUUGCGUGAGUGAGUGAGUCAGCAUCGGAGCCAUUAUGCCUAGUUAGGACGUCUCGCCUGUAGUCUAUAGCGCGGCGCCCGACCGGUCUGACCGGGCGGGCGGAGCGGUGCGCCGACUGGGGUCCGCUCGGCCGGGCGGAGCGGGGCGCCCACUGGGACCCGCUCGGGCGGCUCGCCGCCGGCCAAUCGGUUCACACUUCCAUUGUGCUUAGGAUAAGGACCGCUCCGUAGCGGGCUAAUUGUACACUAUGCUAAGAAUCGGGCGCUUUCCGUCGCCACGUUUGAAAUAAACUGUCGCAACAUA